UCUAUCAAUAUACUACAUUAGAAAUUGGAACGAAAUUGGAUCGAAGCUAAAAUCUGUCUGCAACACAAGGUUUGAUCAAUGUCUUCAGUCAUCAAUUCUACUGUGGAGAAGUUACUGAAGGUGACCAUGUUGGUAAGCCUCUCACUGCAAGCUUUCUUGUUAGUUUUGGCACCUGUUAGAAAAUGGUCAAGAAGCAACCUCAUAGCAAGGUUUGUCUGGGCAUUUUACUUGGUAGCAGACUGGAUUGCUGCCACAAUUAUAGGACAAAUCAUCAAGAGCAUUGUCAAAGGCGACGACACCAAAGACAACCAAGACGAUCAUUACUCGUUGUGGGCAUCGUUUCUAUUGAUGCAUCUUGGUGGCCCUGAUACCAUUACUUCAUUGUCUUUAGAAGACAACGAGCUGUGGAUCAGACACCUCUUUGGCCUCAUUUUGCAAGUUAUCUCAGCUGUUUUCACUCUCUACAGGAGAGGAACAAAAAACAGGCUGUUGUGGCCUAAUAUCUUAGUUUUCAUUGUAGGAGUCAUCAAGUUUGGGGAGAGAACUUGGGCUUUGCGCUUGGCAAGCCUGAAAAAAUUUGGAGAGACCAAUUUGCCUGAUCCAAAUCCUGGUCCUGAUUACCAAGAAGCUCAACAAGUCUACUCAACAAUGAGAACUGUCCAUGUCAAAAGUACCAUAACAGAGAUGAUGGCAUCAACCAUGUCUGGUGGUGUAAGCAAUUAUGGCCAUACUCAACACAUUUCAGACAAUAACCAACAAUCUUCACAAAAUUUACAAGAGUUGAAACUACUCAAAGUAGCAUAUGCCCACUAUGAAACUUUCAAGGGGCUUAUUGUUGGCUUCCUUCUCAGCUCCAAAGACAGAGAAUCGAGUCGAAGUUAUUUUCUCCAUGAAAACGCUGCUCGCGCAUUUAGACUGGUUGAGUACGAGCUCAGCUUCAUGUACCAAGUUCUACACACCAAGGCAGUUGUUAUACAUGGAAUAAUCGGUUACUCCCUUCGCUUCAUUACUAUUUGCUUCACGGUUUUAGGCUUCUUGGUUUUUCGUUUCAUAGGAAAGCAUGGCUUUAAUAAGUUAGAUACUGAUGUUACUUAUGUACUAUUCAUUGGAGCCAUUGUCCUUGACACUCUUUCUGCUCUUAAGCUUUUUUUCUCAGAUUUUGUCCUCAUGGGACCUAUGGGUAAUUUCAUCAGUAGAUUAUUUAUUCCAAAAGCUAUAAUGCAGAGAAAAAGAUGGUCCAAAUCAGUUAAUCAAAAGGACAUAAUUAGUCAUUGUUUGGCACCUAAGAUGGAAUUCAAAGACAUGUUUGUUUAUCUAAACAAGUAUGGGGAGUUUGAGGUCAUGAAAAGGAUUCUGUACAACUUUUCUUACUGGAAACCAGUGGAUAAUCAUCUUAAGAAAUUAAUUUUUGAAGAGCUGAAAGAUAAAUCCAAGAAGGCAAUUAAUUUGAGAGAAGCAAUGGAGGCAUGUUCACAAAGAGGAGAGGCUGCUCUGUUACAGAAUCCUUCAAGCUAUAUCAAACUGAAAUGGAGCAUAGGUGAGUUCCAAUAUGCUGAGAGCCUUCUUCUUUGGCACUUAGCUACUGAGCUUUGCUACAAUGAUCAGGCCAAUUCAAGUACUUCAGAAGGAGAUAAGUCAUGUUGGAAACUCUUUGCUGAACGUUGUUGUCGCACAUGCGUUUGUCAAGGCCACCAAGAUGAUCACCAAUCAAGUGUAAGUGAUCAUAGAAAUAUUUGCAAGCUCAUUUCGAAUUACAUGUUCUAUCUUCUAGUAAACAAAUCAGUGAUGUUGGCACCAAUUAUGGGCAACUGGAACAUAGUGUUUGGAGAUACUUGUGCAGAUGCCAAUAGAUUUUUCGAAAAGCAUAAGCUUUCGCGUCAUGGUAAGGUGUGUGAGAAGAUUCUAUCUGUGAAACCGAAGAUUAAAUCGACAGCUAUGAAAGGCGAGAGAAGCAAAUCUGUGUUCUUUGAUGCUUGUAUUCUUGCGCAACAAUUACAAAAUGAGGAAUCACAGUGGAAGAUUAUGAGUCAAGUUUGGGUGGAAAUGUUGUCAUAUGCUGCCAUUAAUUGCACGCCAUUCGUUCAUGCUAAACAGCUUAGUAAAGGAGGAGAGCUCUUGACAUUCACAUGGCUGCUAAUGAACCAUUUGGGUUUGGGAACCCAAUUUGUCGAGCAAGAACACCAUGCUGGAACAAAGAUGGUCACAGUCAUUUGAGGAAGAACCCAUGUCACCUCAUUAUUAGUAUUUGUAAACCAAUGAAAUAUUGGUUAGGUAGUUAGUUAUAUUGUUUAGUUAGAAAACUGUUUUUGUAUUCUGUUAUGUUAGUUAACUUUGUAACUGAAUUGUAUUGAACAUUGUGCUUAUAAAUAAGGUCUCAAGCUAACCGAAUAGGAUAAGCUUUUCUUUGACAA